AUGGUGUUUCUAAAAUAUUAACUUUCUCUUGGGGAUAUGCUUUCCUCAGUACAAUUAGAUAAAAAAAUUUAAACUUACAACUUUAAAGCAGACAUUAAUGAGUAUAAUUUAGAUACUUGUUUUGAUUAUGGAUUGUGGAGUCGAUAUACUCCUCUCAGUAACAUAAAUCAACUUGGACUGGUGGGUAUUUUUGAUAGUAAUUGUUUUCACCUUCACAGUGCUUUGGAAUAUUCAAAUGAAAGGUUAAAUUUUAUAGUUUAUGAUUGUCUUGAUUAUGACACAAUGACAAUCUAAAGAAAUGUUUAAUUUAUUAGUGAUGAUAAUAAGCUAUAUAAAUAUCAAAUAUCAAUAAAUAAGCAAGAAUAUGAAUUUUAUUGGCAUUAUUUUACAAUUAUUGUAUGGCCAUUAUAAAAUAAAAUGGAGCUAAUAUUAAUUUAACAUCCUAUAAUAUUACUAUAAGAAGAAAUAAGUAUUUAAUUUCCAUUUAUUGACGUAAAUUUAAUAUUGAGAUUUGGGGGUGGAUUAAUUGUAAACGAUUCAAAAGAUCAGGUUCUAAAAUUAGAUACAAUGUACUUUUCAUAUCUACCAGGAAUUAUGUAUUUGCAUCCUUUAGGUAUACAAGAUGAGAAGUUUGGUUUGAAGUUUGUUUAAGACGCAAUUGACUUAUUCAAUUACCCUUCUAAUUAAAUUUGCAAAUGCACUAUGAACAAAAAUAAAAACUUAUAAGAUUAGGAUAUGUUUUGGAUGGAUCAUAAUUUAUUUGCCUCCUAAUAAAAUAAUUGCGAUUCUUUUGUUUUUUCGACUUGGAUUAAAAUAGAUAAAAUCUUUUAAGUUGACUAAGCCUUUUUAUACUAAUUUAUUAAAAUUUCGGCUAAUUUCGAGAAUACUUAGUUAACUAAUGAAUAUUUAUCACCUUUUCAACUCUUUUAUAGGAUUUCUUCCUUAUAAAAUCAAUUAAUAUAUACCACAUAUAGCUUUACAUUUCCAUCCGUUUCAAUGGAUUUUCUUAAGGAAAGCUUUUUAAUUCAGAAAGAGUUCGAUAUAAUAAAUGAAAUUUAUGCAUGGCAAUAUUUGUUAGUUUCUUUAAAGGAAAAUGCAAUGUCAAUAUCAUUAACUUUUUAUUAAGAUUUUCACCAAUAUAACUAUAAAGUCGAUAUUGUAGUGAAUUAAUUCCAUUUCAUUCAAUUUAAGCUCCAAUAUGGAAAUAUUCUCCAAUUAGCUUCAAAUUAUUUAGACAUUAAGAUUAGAGAUAUGAAAUUUCUAAAUUGCUUUCUAACAGCUAUGCCAUAAAGAAGUUGUCAUUCUAGUUGCAAAGAUUGUGAUGGACCUACAAAAAAUGAUUGCUUAUCAUGUUCAGAGUAAUCCAAGAGGAUUUAUCUACCAGAAUAUAAGUCCUGUAUUUGCCCUUAUGAUAUGAUUGACGCUUAAGUAUGCAAGGAUUAUGAAGAUUUACAUUUUUAAUUAUAGUUUCAUGAUGAUGAUUAUAAAUAAAAAUGCCAAUACGGAUACUUCGAAGUAGAAAAUACUUGCUUAAAAUGGUAAAUAUAACACUAUAUAUAGCCCUUCAAUUAUAAAACAUAAUAUGAUCACUUGUUUAGAAUGUAUAGAAAAUCCUUAAACUUGGAGUUUGGAUCCAUAUUGCUUUACUAAUUUAUAUUUAGAUGACACAGGAAGACCAGUAUAAUAUUUUGAGGAUAGUAUUAAGACUUAUUACAUAUAUUAUGAUGCUGAUUUAAAUGCAUGCAAUUCUUGUGUUUCUGGAUCUAUGAAAGACAUAGAUUUCAUUUAUAAUAUUUAUACAUCCUUGAACCAAUUGGUGUUGAUGUUUUGCAAUCAAUAAACAACAACAAAAUGUAUUUCCUGUAAUAUUGAGAACUGUAAUCAAUGUGGAACUUUAUUAACAGGAAACUCUUGUUUGUAUUGGGUUUUUCCGGAAGCAAAGAUUGAUGGAGCUUGUAUCUUAGAUCCAAUAGGUUAUAGAACAAUUUGGAUUUGUCAGAGUCCUUAUUAUAUAUCAUCCCAAAAAAAAUGUGAAGAAUGCCCUAUUGAUAACUGUGUAUAUUGUUUUGAGUACUACAAUAAUGAUCUAUCGAAAAGUACACUUUAUAAUGAUUUUGCUUCUUUUCCUAUUAAUGAAUAUCAUAAAAUCGGUUGUGCUCUAUGUAAUUCUGGAUAUAAAUUUGAUUUUACAAUUGACAAAUGCAUUUAUUAACAGCCAUCCUUAUAAAAUUGUUUAAGAUCAUAUAUAAACAUGGAAGGUUCUGAAAUUUGCACCUUAUCUUAAGUUGAAGAUUUUAAAAUUGCUCCUGAAAUUAUCAACUGUUAAUACCAUAUUCCUAACUGCAUCUAAUGUCUAUUAACUCCUCUACAAGUGCUGAUUUGCACACUCUGUGAUGUCGGUUAUCAAACAGAUUCAAUAUCUGGUCAUUGUUAAUUAUGCAACAUUGAACAUGCAGAAAUAUGUAUAUAAGCCAAUAUAGGACUAGAAAAUGGUUGGAAUCAACUUAUAAAGAGCUUCAUACUACAAUUCUUACCUGAUAAGUAUUAUUGUCCCUUUGCUGUUUCGCGUAACACAAUUAGUGUAGUAUUAAAGUGUAAGAAUGGUUUUCAAACCUUCGCUAAAUCUCUUUCAGCAUGUAUGGAGUAUUGUGAUUCCAGUUGUCUAGAGUGCUUCGAAGAUUAAUAAUAACAUAGCUUUGCAUGUGGAAAAUGUUAGCGAAAUUAUUAUUAACAGCCUAUGCUAGUGGAAAAUAAAGGAAAAUGUCAAGUCUGUCCUCCAUUAUGUGAAAUUUGCAAACCUAGAUCAAAAAUUGAGAUUUAAGUAUUUAAUUAUCAAUUAUAAAAUAGACAAUAAACUCUAAUUAUUAAAUUACUGAUUCUAAUGCCAUUUAUACUUACCAAUGCAUCAAACCUGUUUCAAAUCCAAAUAUUAGAAUUAAUCCUUAUUUAAAGGUUGCACAAUACUGUUAUCAAGAACAUUGCAAAUACAGUUUAUUGUUUGAAGUAAUUAAACUAUUUUUAUUAGAUCCUUUAAACAAGUGAUCCUGGUGUUUUGAACAUAUUGGUCCCUAUAGCUCCCAAUUAUUUUGAAAAGUAAGUAGAUGUAGAAUUUUGUAACAGAAUUGGUCUAUAAAAUUUAAUCAUACAUCAUAAAUAUUUAAUAGAAAAAAAAGUUAUUUAUUUUUAUCCGAUUCAACCUAAUUUUUAAGGAAUGAGUUUAAAAACCAUAUCUUUACCUUAUAGAAAGUACAUCUAAUUUAUUAAGGCUAUGAUAAAUCUUAAAAUAAUUACUAGCCUCUUUUAUUUAUAUAGAACUUUGAUAAAGUGGAGAUUCUGAGAAUGAAAUUUAUUAUUGAAAAUGAAUUUGUAUUAACUCUUCAUAAUGACAAUAAUUUUAUUGAUGUGAGAUUUACUGAUAUUAUUAUAAGUUAAUAAGAACCGAGCAAGUCAAAAUUAGCAAUUACUUCAACAGGCUUUCAUAACUUUGAAUUUUAAAAUGUAUCAAUAAGGAACUUUGAUGCAUCUGAUUCUGUUGUAUUUGAUAUGAAAUUAGAAUCAAAAGGGGAAGAUAUUAUUAUUAAUAAUUUUUCAAUUAUCAAUUGCACAAUCUUGAAUUCAGUUAUAUUCAAUUUUGCUAACAAUACAAGAAAGAUAAUUAUUGAAAAUUUAAUAUUGCAAUCCUCUAAAUUUGUUAAUUCCAAAUUUCUAAACUUAACUCUCUUGCUAUUAGAUAAUAUAGAGAUAAGAAUUAAAAAUGUAUAAAUCAACCUAUGUAACUUCAAUAACUUUAAUUUUUUAAAUAGCAUUGGAUCCUCUAAAUUUGAUCUUCAAAAUAUAUCAUUUAGUUAUAAUACAUUUUAGGAAUCCACUUUUAUUAUAAUAUUUUCAUAAAUCAUAUUAAGGGAUGUAUUUCUAAUGAAUAACAAAUUUACUAAUGGGUCGUUUCUGAUUGCUGACUAUUAAUUAGACUAAUUUAUUAAUUCUUCAAUGGAAAAUAUACUUGUAGGUCAAAAUCAAUUCGCAAAUUUCAGUUUAUUAACAUUAUUUUCAAAAUUGCUAAACUAUUAAUAAUAUCUGGAUGUUAAAAAACUUUGUUUUGUUUGA